AUGUCGGAAUUAUUAAUAAUAUUAGAAAUUAUUAUUAUGGGAGACCAUAAGACAUUCAUUGGUCACUGGUGUGCGCUCACGUACCAGAACUUUCAUCUCAUUGACUUCAACGUGCUGACGGUGACGACAAUUGUCUUAGCUCGCAGGCUGAUCGGUGCCAUUGUGAAGGAGCCUUCACAAAGUGGCAAAGUCUCCCUGCCCCGCUCCAUUUUCCUUGUGAUUACUCGGUUUGUGGUCCUCACUGGGACAGGCUGGAGCCUGUGCAGGUCAAUAAUUCACCUCUUCAGAACCUACUCGUUCCUCAAUCUCUUGUUCCUGUGUUACCCGUUCGGCAUGUACAUUCCUUUUCUCCAGCUGAACUGUGACUUCCAGAAGACAGCCCUCUUCUCCCAAGUGGCUAACAUUGGCCCCCGAGAGACCGGGGAAGUGAACUCCAGGGGUAAAGACUAUCUAACAGUUUUAAAGGAGACCUGGAAGCAGCACACCAGGCAAAUGUAUGGCAUGGAGGCCAUGCCCACCCAUGCGUGCUGCCUCUCUCCAGACCUGAUCCGCAACGAGGUGGAGUAUUUGAAGAGGGACUUUAACUGGAGGAUGAAAGAGGUGCUGGUGAGCUCCAUGCUCAGUGCCUAUUAUGUGGCCUUUGUGCCUGUCUGGUUUGUGAAGAACACUCAGUACUACGACAAACGGUGGUCAUGUGAGCUGUUCCUGCUGGUGACCAUCAGUACGUCUGUGAUUCUGAUGCAGCAUCUCCUGCCUGCCCGCUACUGCGACCUCCUCCACAAAGCUGCGGCACACCUGGGCUGCUGGCAGAAGGUUGAUCCUGCCCUAUGCUCCAAUGUGCUACAGCAUCAGUGGACAGAAGAAUGCAUGUGGCCACAGUGGGUGCUGGUGAAACACAGCAAGAACGUGUACAAAACCGUGGGCCAUUACAAUGUGGCUGUGCCAUCUGAUGUCUCACACUUCCGCUUUCGUUUCUUUUUCAGCAAACCGCUGAGGAUCUUGAACAUUUUAAUUCUGCUGGAAGGAGCUGUCAUCUUCUACCAGCUCUACUCACUGAUCUCGUCAGAGAAGUGGCACCAGACCAUCUCGCUGGCUCUCAUCCUCUUCAGCAAUUAUUAUGCCUUCUUCAAGCUGCUGUGUGACUGGCUGGUACUGGGAAAAGCUUACACAUACUCUGCCAUCAGAGACUCAGAGCAGAAGUUCAAUUAAAUCGCACUGCUGCUCAGCUUGUAUUAUGGAUAAAACCUUUAUUUAAAAAAAAAAAAAAAAAGAAAACGGAAAAAAAGAGACUGCAAAAGGGAAGGCAAGAUGGGGAGUCCAGACUGAGACAGGGGUCCAGUCUGAAAAGGAAUAUAGCUGGAACUAUGAACCACAGAAACUUUGCAAACUGCCUGCAACAAUAUCUAGGUAGAGAAAUACU